AUGGGGAAGAUUUGCAACAAGUUGAAGGAACCGGAUCCGUGGCCAGACCAGUUUGCAGAAUCCAUGAAAGGCAGACAGGAAAAUAUUACGAAGAAAUUGAAGGAGUUCAGACUCAAGAGCACCUCGGACGAGCAAACGUUUAAGGCAGCCUUCUCUCCUCUCAUGAAGACAGCAUUAGCAGGCCUUGCAGAUGAUUCCGCGACCUCUCCUUCGUCCUCCGCAGUCCCCAUUCACGUCCCCUUUCUGGGACCCGAAGGACAGCCGUAUUGCGACGGCCUUGUCAAUCUUAUGCGACAAUCGGAUACUCUGACAUUCGCCUACGAUCAGCUUUCAGGACGAGGGCCACAGACGUCCCGUCUGCAGGACAUCAGGACAUCUUUCGAAAAGGACAAGGAGGUGGCAGUGGCCACACUCGAAGCUGGAAAACAGGUAGCAAAGAUUGAGAUCGAGAGACUUCUCGCGGACAAGUUUCAGGAGGUUCGAACACCGCAUGACCUUACGGCAGACGACAUGAACAAGGGCCGACUGCUCCUAUCAAGGGGCGCAGUCAAUAACACGUCCCUCAAACAGCCGUUGGGAUGGGGUAAUGUGGCUCGAGACACGGAGAGGGCAAUGGAGAACCUCUGCUGUGCAGGUCAAGGGAAUGGCAGAAACCAUUAG